UGGAGGAGGGCAGGAGGCGGGGCCUUUCUCAGCUGGAAGAUGGCGGCCGGUGAUUGGAACGCGGUGCACAUUCCACGGCCGGGCUCGUGCUGCAGCGUGGCCGCGCCGCCCGCGUGCCGCUGGCCGCACACAGAUGGAUACAUACAAGACCUUGUGGCAGCCUGUGAAAAUACCUUAAAAGCAUUAAAUAAUAAACUUCUUACAACAGAACUUGAUAUCUUGGGUUCUCUGUUAUAUAUUUUCCAUAACCGGUUACGUCAGCACAAACCUUACUGUGCAUUGAAACAGGUUGAACAAUGUGUGAAGCGUUUGCACAAUAUGCAACUUGAAGGUUCGAUUCAAGAUCUGAUUGAAUUGUGUCCAAGCAUGUCUGAGGUACAGACUGGUAAGACAAAAUAUAUUCCCAGCCAACCAGUCCUGGAGUGGAUGUCGCUGAAAGUGUUGGGGGGCUGUAAGUUGAUGCUGCGUCUGAUGGAAAUGUGCUGCAAAGCAUUUCUUUUGACUAUUCAAUAUCUUCAUUGUAAAGAAUUUAUAGUCCUAAAUGUCGUAGUUACAGGAUUGCUUAGCAGACUAUGGAUAAUGUUUAGAAGUAUUGUUUUAAGCCUAGAACUUUUAUAUGAUAAGCUGUUCCUGUUACUGAAUGAGGUAACUAAAAUUCAAGAUAUGUCCUACGUGAAGGAGUUUUCCUUCCCUGUUAGCGUCAGGCAAUGGCUUGGUCUUUCCUAUUGCAAUUUCACACAAAUGAACCUGUCAAGUGUUUCAAGUCAGAUGAGUGGAUUGCUUUCAGAUAACUCUGGCUUACUUGAUAAAUUGUUCGCGGAGACCGAACCUUUAUUAUUGGAGGAUGAUCAAAAUACAAUAUUUAAAGAAAAUAAAAUGACUGAUAGCAUCACCUCUAAAACAGAUCAGAUUUCAGAUAUCGGACCCCCUGAGCAAGGCCAUCGUGAGAUUGAAACUGGACUUCAGUUGGGAUUUGAAAUUAAGUCUGUGCAAGUUCAGAGUCACAACAAUCCUGAGAAGUCUCUAAAGAACUUUAACUGCAGAAGAUUGCAGAAAAGUAAGCAACUGUUUCCUUUGGAUGAGUUUGUGAGGAGAAUUGGUGCAACACAGACUUUCAGUGCAUUGUGUUGGGAGCUCCAGACAAUGUUCCGUUGGUUUCGACACCAAAAACUAAAACAUGAAACGUGCUAUUUUGGAAAUCAGUUUCUCCGGUGUCGCAGACUUAGAAUGGUGGAAACUCAUGGUUACAGUUUCCCAAAGAAGAUCAAUUUGAUAAAAAUGUCUGUCUCCAGAUAUCUCAUUAAAAGAUCUCAGGGAAAAUUGCAUCAAGGUGAUAUAUUUAAAUAUUGGAAAACUUCAGUGUUCCCUCUUCAAAACUGUAAGAUCAGACGUUCAAAAUUGUACAGAAGAAAAGGCUCCUUGCUCAAGAAGAAACUGAGAAGCAGUAGACUUCACACAAAAGAAGGAAGCAAAAGGACAUUUAAAACUAUUUCACGGUUUGCAUUUGACACACAAACUGCUAUAAAGAGACAGUGUGUUACUGGAGAUUUGCACACUAAACUUGGAAACAGUGGUUUGCAUCAGAAUGGGAAAACUCUGGCACUUCCCCUUGAUUCUUUGAGAGGAGGAGGUUCUGCAAUUGUGCCAAAUACGGAUGAUGAUAUUGAUGCCAUUUUUGCAUCAAUUGGUAUAUAGUUCUUUCAAAUUUAAAAAUCGCUGUAAGUGGAAGAUUUGACAAUAUAAAGUAACUGGAAGCAAACUAAAUGUGCAUUUCUGUUCAUGUUUUUGGAAAUAGAAUGUUUAAUUUAUAUGUUGCAUUUUUGACUCUUCAAUUUGAAUAACUUUACCAGAAAACUGGGUUUAAUGAAAGGAAGGAGAAAAGACGUGGUUCUGUUUUUCCCAUCCAUAAUGAGUGAGUAUUGGGUGUGGUUGCACAAACAAUCUUUCUCCAGGUUUUCAGGUUUGCAUUUAUCAGCUGAAUUUUGCAAUUACUGUUAUAAGUUUUACUCAUUUGCUACAUUUUUACAAGUUGGGUGUUAUGUCUGAAAAUACUUUCACUCCUGAUUAGAACUUGUCCUUUUGUGAGUCACCUCUUGCAACUUAGCUUCAGUUUCCAAAAUCAACGUUUUUGAUAUUUUGUAUUCUUAUUGAUAUACUUAAAAUACCAGCAGCUUUUUAUUGCUAUUUCAAAAUAGUUUUGUCACACACAAUGUAUCACAACUUGGUUUUUCCACAUACUUUCAACUUUAUUUGAAUUUAUUACAUUGCAGUAUUACAUUUUUGCAACUUGACGAGGCUGAGUAACAAAAGCAGCAUUGUAAUAAUACCUCCUAGAUAAAUGCUAAGCUCCAAAGUGUACAAACUCUUGACAGUUAUAAUUAACCUUGACAACGUAGUUUUGUUUCAGUACUGGUCUAACGUUAGAUUAGCACAUUGUACUUUCUUUACUUUAGGAGUGGGGAGCUUACAUUUUCUUGCUACAUGCCAUGAAAUCAGUAGCUGUUUUAUCAAAGCGCUUUUAUUUCCCUUUCCUAUCAUUUGGUCCAACAUUCAAAAAUUACAGUACAGGUAAUAAUCAUG